UUUCAAUGUUAAUUUAAAUAUUUCUUUUUUAAAAUAUUGUCAAUAAUAAAAUCUUAAGAUCUCAUACUUAUCUAUUUUAACUUGAAUUGAAUAAAGACAUUUUUUAUUUAUUCUGUCGUUGAUAUGAAACGUGAUUUUAGUGAUAAGCAUUAAAGAAUGUAUAAUAGAUAAUGCUACAAUUAUGUACAAGUAAUUGUAAACAAUGGUCUUUUGGGUAAAGCUAGAUAUUGCAAGCAAUUACGAUGCAUAGGUGGUAUUGGUUCGGAGAAGACCUGGGUACAUUCUUGUUUCCAGGGUACAACAUUUCAACUGCUAGUACUUUUAUCUCUACUUGUAUAGGUUUAAUUAGUCUUGCAAUAUUAUACGAGGCUAUGAAAAUAUCUCGGAUUAAAUUGGAACAAAUAGCGAUAUUCAAAUCAAAUUCCAUUUCUAGAUCUUCAGAGAAUUCUUCUUUAUUGUCUGAAAUGUCGCCAAGAUCAUUUGCUUCUUUUUCUUCUAGGAAUUGCGCAAACUGCAGCGAAUGGAUGUUACAAGUACUUCAUUGGUCUAUUCAUACUACCCUUGGUUAUAUGCUUAUGAUGGCAGUUAUGACAUAUAAUGUAUAUAUUAGUAUUGUUCUUGUCAUUGGAAGUUGUUUAGGAUAUUGGAUAUUUGGUCCUGUAUUGAUAGAAUUAAAUAUGAGACGAUUUCAAGAAAGACAAAAAAUCAUUAAGUGUGACAAGAAAUGUACAGAUAAUACUCACAACCAAGAAAGACGCGAAUCUGCUGUUUCUGUCAUCGCUGAACAAUUAGUAUUGGAAGCAACAGUAGAGAUUCAUAUGCAGUGAGAUGUUUAAGAAGAUGGGUUUUGUCUAUACUUUUUAUAAUUUAAAUCAUUAUAGUAGACAUAUAUUUGUGCCUACAAUUGAGUACAACGAAAAAUUACAAUAAAAUAAAUAACAGAAUAAAAUCAUUGAAACUAAUAAAA